AUGUCGAUUCAAAGCCCCACAAUCCUUUCCGAUGAGGAUGGAUAUGGUGACAAGCCAAUCGAGUUACACGAAGCCCAGUAUGCUAAGAUCUCGGCCCCUGUGGGCCACCGAGUCCACCACACCGACGAUUUGAUCACCAACUACGACUAUUUGGAAUUGGAAUAUGAGACUUUUGGAUCAAUGAAUGAUAACGUGACUGUCAAAGCCGAAAUACCUGGUUUGGUAUAUGAAGACUCUACUUUUGAUGAGUCAAGAGGUGACGAAGAGAUCCCGGAUGAGGCCCCAUCCACUACAGACCAAUACGUGGAUGUCAACACACAGACAGGGGAGUUGCCGGUGAAGUCCGCACCCAAGACUCCUAUCGAGGAGGAGAUUCCGCCAUUGCAAGUGUUGAAAACGCGCGAUGUGAACACUAUCAAUGCCAAUGCCACAAGAAGGAUCUCAUCUUUCAAGGUAAAAAAGAUCAACGACUCCGUGCUCGACUCUUCUUCUUCUGAUGCAAAGCUAGAGGGAAUGGCAGAAACUCUGAAAGCCCUUGAUCAGCGUAUUUUCAAAAUCCAGAAGGAGUUGAAGUUCCUGGACUCGUUGCUACCGCCAAACCCACAUCUAAAUUCGAAACCCGAGCAACAGGAAAAGUUACUUGCUGCACGUACCAAGUUGUUCAACAAGUUCGAGUCUCUGGAGAAGGAAAAAUACGAGCUAGGGAUCAAAAUCCAGAGUAGAUCCGUCAAGGUGAAUGGCUACAACGGAGGAGAUAAAGCCCAGUUCUGGGUGAGAGGAGUUUCCAACUAG